GAGGGGGUGUAUUGAUUGAGUCAGGCACUUAAGCAGUUGGACAGCUCCAGUCUGUCUGUCUGACCAUGCACCUGGAGCUCGAGGCCCGGCCCGCAGCUCUACCGCGUUCCGUUCACACGCUAGUUCGGGAGAUUGUCGGUGAAACCCCGCCGGAGUGCCGCUGGGCAGGUUGAUAGGAGAGGAGAGGGGCGGGAACAGACACAGACAGCGGACAGCCAUUGCUUUUUGCUUUCACUGCUAAUAAAGCGUCUGUGCUGUGUAUCACCGGAACAACAGACAGCCCCGCGGCGGGAACCCUGCGCCGCUUCUUGUCUCCGUUUGUCUCCGUUUGUCUCUUGGACUGGGCGGAUUCUCCGUGAACAUGUCUCUCAUCGUGCUGCUGUCGCUGCCGGUCCUGUGUAGCAUCAUCAGCAGCUCCAGCGCUGCAUCCUCAGCAUCCCGGAAAUGUGAGGACAGCUUGGCCACUCCUCUCCCCUACAGCUCCUUCACCAGUUCAUCAGUGUUUGGCCGAGCAUAUGGAGCCGGUUACGCCAAACUCAACCGGAAACAAGGUGCUGGAGGAUGGUCGCCCUUGGUUACAGACCGUAACCAAUGGUUACAGGUGGACCUGGGUUCUAGGAAACAGGUUUUUACUAUAGUGACACAGGGUCGCUAUGGUAGCUCUGAUUGGACCAGCAAGUAUCGGUUGCUUUACAGUGAGACACAGAAAAACUGGAGGCCUUAUCUACAGGAUGGAAAUAUCUGGACAUUUGAGGGGAAUGUGAACAGUGAGGGUGUGGUUCGCCACGAGCUGCAGCACCCCAUCCUGGCUCGCUACAUUCGCUUCAUCCCAGUGGACUGGAGCAGGGAGGGACGCAUCGGAGUCCGCCUGGAGCUCUAUGGCUGCUCAUAUUGGGCAGAUGUGAUCAGUUUUGACGGCCAUGGUGUCAUCUCCUACCGCUUUAGGAGUAAGAAGAUGAAGAUUGCGAAGGAUGUCAUCUCUUUAAAGUUUCGAACCACAGCUGCAGACGGUGUCCUGGUCUAUGGAGAGGGACAACAGGGCGACUACAUUUCCCUGGAGCUGAGCAGGGCGAGGCUACAGCUCAGCAUCAACUUAGGCAGCAACCAAUAUGGUUCAAUUCAGGGUCACACCUCUGUGACCAGUGGGAGCUUACUGGAUGAUGACCACUGGCACUCAGUUGUCAUAGAGCGUUACCGCAGGAAUGUCAACUUCACUCUGGACCACCACACUCAGCAGUUCAGGACCAACGGAGAGUUUGACCACCUGGACCUGGACUACGAGAUCAAUUUUGGAGGGCUGCCAGUAUCAGUGAAGCCGAGCUCAGGAGGCAGAGAGAACUUCGUGGGCUGCAUGGAAGGAAUCACCUACAACGGAGACAACAUCACUAACCUGGUCCGCAGGAAAAAGGUGGACACGUCCAGCUUUCGUAACCUGACGUUCUCGUGCGCCGAGUCCAACUCAUUCUCCGUCUUCUUCAACUCCACGUCCUUCCUGCGGCUGCCAGGUCAGAGUGACGGCGACACCCUGUCCGUCAGCCUGUCUUUCAGGACAUGGAACCCCAACGGGCUGCUGAUGUUCACAGCGCUGGCUGACGGCUGGGUGGAGGUGGGACUGACGGAGGGCAAGGUCACCGUUUACAUGAAUGUGACACAGAAGAAGAACACACGUAUUGACAUCUCAUCAGGUUCAAGUCUGAACGAUGGCCAGUGGCACAGUGUCCAUCUGAAUGCACUGGAGAAUUAUGCUAUGCUGACAGUAGAUGGAGAUGAAGCGUCCACAGUCAGAACAGCCAUCCCCAUUCAGAUUCAGACUGGAGGAACCUACUUCUUUGGAGGCUACUUCCUGCACACUAACACCCGAUCACUUCAGCGCUCCUUCCAGGGAUGCAUGCAGAUGAUCCACAUCGACGACCAUCUAGCUGACCUCAGGGCUGUGGAACAGGGCCUCAUUGGAACCUUUGAAAACGUCAGCCUGGAUAUGUGUGCCAUCAUAGACAGGUGUGUCCCGAACCACUGCGAGCACGGUGGCCGCUGUUCUCAGACGUGGGACACGUUCAGCUGCAACUGUAGUGGCACUGGAUACACCGGAGCUACUUGCCACACCUCGAUGUAUCAGCAGUCCUGUGAGGAGUAUAAGCACCAGGGGAAAAGUUCAGGGAGCUAUUGGAUCGACCCAGAUGGCAGUGGGUCUGUCGCCCCCUUCAGAGUCAGCUGUGACAUGACAGAAGAAAAGGUCUGGACCACGCUGAAGAACAACCUGUCUCCUCAAACAUCAGUCAGCAGUGCAGACCAAGAGGGGAAGGCAGUGCUGCAGAUCACCUACAACGUGACUGAUGAACAGGUGCUGUCAGUCACCAGCAGUGCAGAGUACUGUGAACAGUAUGUAGCCUACGCCUGCAGGAUGUCUCGUCUGCUCAACACUCCAGAUGGCUCCCCGUUUACCUGGUGGGUAGGAAGAGCCAAUGAGAAGCACUCCUACUGGGGGGGCUCAGGGCCGGGCAUACAGAAGUGUUCCUGUGGUAUCGAACACAACUGUACUGACCCCAAACACUACUGCAACUGUGACGCUGACCUGCGCAGCUGGAGGGAGGAUGCAGGCCUGUUGGUAUAUAAAGACCAUCUGCCUGUCGGUCAGGUUGUGGUUGGUGAUACAAGCAGAGCUGGAUCUGAGGCCAAACUGACAAUCGGGCCACUCAAAUGCCGGGGGGACCGGAACUACUGGAGCGCAGCAUCCUUCACCAACCCUGCCUCCUACCUCCACUUCCCUUCCUUCAGAGGAGAAACCAGUACUGAUAUCUCCUUCUACUUUAAGACCUCCUCCACUCACGGAGUCUUCCUUGAGAACCUGGGAACCAGCGACUUCCUUCACAUUGAGCUCAGAGGCGGCUCUGUGGUCUCCUUCUCAUUUGAUGUGGGCAGUGAGCGGAUGGAGCUUAGUGUCCACUCGCCAGUGCCUCUGAACGAUGACCAAUGGCAUCGUGUGGAGGCUGAGAAGAACAUCAAGGAGGCUGUGCUGCAGCUUAACGGACAGUACAGGGAGGCCAGACCCACCCCCCCACAGGGACACACAAAACUGGACUUCUACAGUGACUUGUAUGUUGGUGCCUCGAGUGGUCAGAGGGGUUUCCUGGGCUGCAUGCGGGCUCUGAAGAUAAAUGGAGUGACCUUUGACCUGGAGGAGAGAGCAAAGGUGACUCCGGGGGUGAAUCCAGGCUGCCAGGGCCACUGCAGCAACUAUGGCAUGCACUGCAGGAGUGGAGGGAAGUGCGUGGAGCAGUACAACGGAUACUCGUGUGACUGCUCCCUCACUGCAUAUGAUGGACCCUUCUGCACAGACGAUGUCGGUGGCUACUUUGAGACGGGAACACUGGUGCGGUAUGACUUCCUGCCAGAGGCGGGUCCGUUUGCGUUGCGGGAGGUGAAGAGCCCGUCAGGUGUUGGUGUUCCUAAUGAGUCCAACCUGACUCAGGAGGAGCUGGUGUUCAGCUUCAGUACCUCCAGUGCUCCGAGCAUCCUGGUCUACAUCAGCUCCAGGACUCAGGACUAUGUGGCUGUGGUGCUCAGGCAUAAUGGCACUCUCCAGAUUCGCUACAGUCUCGGGGGGCUAACAGAACCUUACACCAUAGAUGUUGACCAUCGUAACAUGGCCAACGGACAGCCACACUCUGUCAACAUAACGAGGAACUUAAGAGAGAUUCGACUACAGCUCGACCACUACCCAGUGUCGACACACACCCUGCCUGAGGCCUCCGACACCCAGUUCAACUUGGUCAAAAGUAUCUUUCUCGGAAAGGUCUUUGAAACUGGACAGAUUGACCCGAUUCUUAUCGAGCGUUACAACACACCAGGCUUCGUGGGCUGUCUGUCAAGAGUUCAGUUUAACAGCGUGGCGCCGUUGAAAGCUGCGCUGCGCUCAGGCCUGGCAGCACCCGUCAGCACCCACGGGAUCCUGGUGCCGUCCAACUGUGGAGCCUCACCCCUCACCAUCUCCCCAAUGGCCUCAGCUAGUGACCCCUGGCACCUAGAAGCUGCUGGAGCUGUUUUCCCCUUCAACGAGGACAAGGCCAGUGAGGAUGGAGUGGAUCGCAACUCUGCCAUAAUUGGAGGUAUCAUCUCCAUGGUGAUCUUCACUGUCCUCUGCAUUAUGGUGUUUGUGAUCCGCAACAUGUUCCGUCAUAAAGGCUCCUACCACACCAAUGAAGCCAAGGGAGCCGAGUCGGCGGACUGUGCCGACGCAGCGAUCAUCGUCAAUGACCCGGCCUUCACCGAAACCAUAGACGAGAGCAAGAAGGAGUGGUUCAUCUGAGCCGCUCUCCACAACACGGACACAUGACGUUAGGAUGUAUGUAGUUUUCUAAGCAUAGGGAGUAGUAGUGAGGUCACCACCUUUGAAACCUCGAGGAUGUAGUGAGCGGUUUAUUCAAAAACUUUAUGGACAAUGGACACCAUGGCAUUACAGCGUGGGUAUUAAAGCACAGGGCAGAGCACUGCCUGGCAGAGCCCAUGUGUAUUUGCAAUGGACAGUGUGACAGGACGACAGUGCCAUUAAGUUACAGGCCUUGGAUGAGUGAGUGUGUUCAUUAGCUUUUAUUUGAGUAUUUCUUUCAUCAUUCGUCAUUUGAUUUCAAUUGAACUAAAUUUAUUUAUUUAUUUAUUCAUAUUUAAGCCGUUUUUUUCACCACAGUUGUUUAUUUGCGUUCAUUUUUAUAGAUGAAUAUCUUCAUGUCUUCGUGCUGGCAUUAAAGGUAAUGAUUAUUAACCUCUGUAGCAAUCCUGCCUUAUUUGACAUUUAUUUCAAUAAAGUCUGUGUGUGUGUGUGUGUGUGUACUGACAGGCUUGCUUGUCUGGGAAGGAGAUGUAGCCAGGUCUGCAUCAUUUGGACUCAGUGCGGGAAAGGAAGUGUCACACUUGUAUUUAUUUUUGCAUCUACAUAACUGAGUGUCUUUUAAUGACUUUGCAGAAGUGAUUGUUGAAACUUUAAUGACUGCAUCUUUUCUUUGACUGUUGCUGCCAAAUGAGUUCAGAGUUGAGUUCAGCUUUUGAAGAAUGAACCGAGUCCUGUCAGUCCACAGCUGCACUCACUUCUUCACUGCCUUUUGUUAGCAAUGCUAGUACAUUUGUCUAAGUGAUACCACAUACAAGGUUUGUUCACAUAAUUAAGAAACAUUUUUGAAAUCUUCUCGUGUGCCAUGUGACCUGGUGACAGAUAAGAUCACAUUCAAACUUGGUUCAUCCGCACAGAGACAGGUUUGGGAUGGGUUUAGAAGCAGGAGCAAAGUGCUCGCCUAGAUUUAUCACAAGGUUAAAAAACCCCAUCUCUACUACGUCCAGAGCUGUCUCAUUUAAUCAUUGUACUUUGUUAGCUAAGUGCCCAGCUAACAGUGAAGAUAAGCCCAGCUCAAACCUGAUAUCUGCUUUAUGAGGACAGAAACUAACAAUAACACACAUACAACCCACAAGUGUUCAAAAGUUGAGUGCGACUGAAGUUCAAAUUCAAAUUUGCACUGUUGUCCUCCUGUUGUUUUUAAAUAGAACUAAAUGUCACUCAAAUUUGAUAUAAACAGGAAACAUCCUGAGCAGCUCUAACACAGAAGAUUAGAAACAAAACAUUUUGUGGUGAAGACACACUAUAGGAAAUAAUCAGUAUCUGCACAUGUAAUUGAUGGAUCAGAACAGUGCAUGUGGUAUCAGAGGGGACCCUCUGCAGCCUUCUCAGGAGGCUGAGAUCAAGACAAGUCAACACCAGGACAGAAGAAACCUGAGUCUUGAGUACCACAGGCCUGGUUGGAAGGUGUAUUUUUAUCUAGGCUGGCAGUUUCCAGCUAGCUACAUGAACACGUUCUGGACCUGCAGUGUCUCUGUGCUGGAUGAGAGAUGAUGAAAUGACGUGAAGCUGACACUCAGCAUCUCAUCUGCCAGACGACACGGAACAAAUAAAACAUCGCCAAAAUGCUUGUUUCUCUUUCCUUUAAAGGGAUGUGAAGUUAUCGCACUCUAGGCUCCCUCACACUUUGCAUUUAACACAGUGUUUAGGAAAGAGAGAGUAACUGGUGGGGAUGAUACUGGUUUGGUCAGGCUUAGUAAAUCUGGAGUUAGGAUAGUGUGUCCAUGCUGAGGACUGAGGCCAGCUUCUUCCUGAUGGCUGAACGGACUCUGAGUUCAGGAUUCUUCUCAAAUCUGAACUGUGUCUUUGUUUUUAUCAAGUGGAAUGAUGAUUCUGCAGAAGAAUGUUUGUUAACCACAUACAGAACUAUGGCUUACAUCCUGACAUUUGAUUGUAUUGCAUUUGUAUUCCUUUGACUGCGCUGCAGUGUAACGGCAUGCUGUUUGACACUGAAUGACACACUUCUGUUUGAUAAGCCACUGUAGCAUCACAUCGCUUUUUCUUCAUGUUAUAUGUAUAAAACUUUGCCUAACUGUUCUGUU